AUGGCGGCGACGAUAGCAAGGGAGCGUCUGCGGGCGUUCGGCGGAGGCGGUGGGAGUGAAGCAGGAGAUCCUCAGAUUCCGCUUGCAUGGCUACCCAAGUCAAACCCUGACGCUGACGAGAGCAGCAUUAAAGGGCGUCCGUCUAUUCCCGGUCGUGAUCGCCCUCUGCUGCUGCAAGGCAAAAAGGAAAACAGAAAGCUUCUCAAGACUGCCGGAGAUGAUGCCGGGCUCCAGUAA